AUGCACCUCUCUGGAAUGUCAUACGCGCGGCACCGCGACGCAUCCUUUUCCACACCGGAGCUAAGCUCAUCGUCUCAUAAUGAGAGUAGCAGCAGCGCCUGGCGUUGGGAGCCACCGCCACAGCGGCACACGCACGCGCGCGCACCAAGCCGUGCUGCUGCAUUCGAGGGCCGUGCACAUGUUGCCACUCACCUAAGCCGCGACACUCUUACUGCCGAACUUCAGCGCAUUCGCGCAGAGGCGAACACAAUUGUGUUGGAGCGCUGGUUCUUGCGGUGGGGACUCUACGCGGUUCGCCGCACUGCCUUGAGGCGCGUCCAGCACCGCGCUCAGCUUGUUCUGUGGAGGCGUGUGGGUGCUAGGUCCUUUGCGUGGUGGCGAUUAGUUGCGCAGCGGCGUCUGUGCCGAGAGGUGCUCAACCGAGAAGCUGCCGCGCGCGAACGCGCGACGUUGAUUGACGGGCUUUGUCGCGUUGCAUGGGAUAAGUGGCGUCUGUGGGCGCGAGUGCGUGGACGGCAACGCGCGAGAGCUGUGCAUCUGGGGCUGGUGAACCGACAGCGGCACGCGCGUCUCCGAUUUCACGCAUGGACGUGUCAUCCCUGUGGGUGCCGUCAGCUGCGGGCUGUGGAGAAGAUUCGUUUCUCCGCGGAGCGAUCACUGGCCCGCUUUACUCUGAUCCGCUGGCGCUUGCACGCCCUAGAGGGCUAUCUUACCUUUCCACUGCAGGUGCGGGCGGCGCAGCAAGUGGCGAUGGCGGCAUUUCGCGCGUGGCAGCGUCGUGCGCUCAUUGGGGCUAGCAUGCGACUCAUCCACCACGAGGCGUUUUUGCACCUGUCGGAGAGGUGCUUCGACCGGUGGAAGCGAUGGCUUCGACGGCGGUUGCAGGCCGCACUGCUACGCGAAACGAACGAGGCUCGCCUUUUGCUGCGCUUCUUCUCGCAGUGGACGUGGCACCAUGAGCUCCAUGCGUUAGAUUACGAGCAGUACGUCGCAGAACAUCAUCUGCCACGCCUCUUCUCUUGA